AUGAUUUAUGCUUCGACACUUCAAUUACAUCCCAGGUACCGUUCUGCUCUACAACACAUUCAUUUAGUUGCAAUUGUUAGAUCGAAAUACGUAAAGCAAUAUGGAUUGAACAACAUAAUGAAACCUGUCGUCAAAGAUUUAAAAAAAAUCGAAAGUGGAAUUAGUCGUGCAGAUGGAACGCUUAUCAGAGGUACAUUAAUCGCCACUGCAGGAGACAAUCCUGCGCAAAAUGCCAUAUGUGGAGUUAAGGAAUCCUUUGGAAAGACAAAGCAUAUGUGUCGUCAUUGCCUUGCAGACCUGUCUCAAGUCCAUACGAUGGUUGAGGAAGACGAGAGUUUGUUGCGGAAUAAAGAGGAUCAUGAAAGGCAAGUAAGAAUGAUAGAAAAUGCAGAUGGACAGGAAAAGGAGAAAUUAAUGACUGAUUACGGUAUUAACAGGAGGAGCAUUUUAAAUGAACUUUAUCAACAUGACAUAACUGAAGGAGCGCCUUCAGAUAUCAUCCAUGAUUUAAUUUUGGGCGUGAUACCCAAAACUAUACAACACUUGUGUCAGAAUGUAAUUUUAAAAAAAAUUUCGAUUGAUGAACUGAACAGAAGAUUAUCUUGCUUUGAUUUUGGCUACUCCGAAGUUGAUUAUCGUCCACCAACAUUGAAGGCCUCUCAUCUCACUCCUGGAGCUAAUAUGAAAUUGUCUGCAUCUGAAAUGUGGAUGCUAGCGUACAUGUUACCUUUUGUUAUCCAAGACCUCGUAGACGAAGAUUGUCCCUACUUCAGAAAUUAUAUAAGCUUACUUGAAAUAACGUCUAUUGUCUUCGGAUAUGAAAUCAGUUACGGUAUGAUCGAUGCUUUGGGUGAUCUAAUAGCGGACUACUUAACAACUUUUACUGAACUCUACGGUGCUGACUCAUUGAUACCGAAGCAACAUUUCAUGAUCCACUAUCCUAGAUUGAUUCGGCGUUUUGGUCCUCUAGGUACGUUUAUGUGUUUACGCUUCGAAGCAAAACACCAAGUUUUUAAACGAAUAAUACAAGGUAUGCGCAACUACAAAAAUUUACCUCUCACUUUGUGUGUGAGAUAUCAACAGAGGCAGGCACUAGAGUUACUUAAACCUUUUAUCAAAGAAAUCGAGUAUGGCAGUAGUAGCGGCAGUGUAUUUGACAAAAUCUAG